UGGCCGGCCGGCUGCGAGGCAGUUAGCUAGCUUAGACGCCAUGGACAUCGUCGUCGGCGUCCUGCUCAUACUGGGCCUCAUGCCGAUGCCGUUCGAGGUCAUCAUGGCCGCCGCCGACGAUGGUGGCGGCGUGUUCUGCGACAACCUCAAGUUCGUGUCCGCAACCCUCCCCAACAAAACCUCCUCCUCCCCGCACCACUACGCCACCGCCGCCGCCGGCCAAGCCCCCGACGUGGUCUACGUCCUCGCGCUCUGCCGCGGCGACCUCAACGACACAGCUUGCGGCGAAUCCGUCGCCUACACGUUCGCGAGACUGAUCAACGAGUCGUGCGUCGCCAACUACACGGCCGGGGCUUACUACGGCGACUGCACCGGCGUCUACUCCUUCCAGAACUUUCUCGAUCCUUCCGACGCCACAGAAGACGAGGAGCCCUUCGAGAGGUGGAACGUCAACAACAUCACCGGCGACGGCGAGAACGUGCGGUUCAUCGCCGGCCUCAUCCAACAGCUUCUGUCGGAAACGGUGGAGAGGGCGGCCGGCGCCGCGGGGCGGUUUGCGACGGGCGUCGUGGACACCGGCAGGACGUUCCCGCUGGUGUACUCGCUGGCGCAAUGCACGCCGGACCUGUCCGCCGGCGACUGCCUGGCGUGCCUCCGCCGCCUCACCGGCAUGAUCAACUCCACCAUGGCCGUGCGCAUGGGUGCGCAGAUACAUGUCACACGGUGCUACUUCAGGUAUGAGGCGUACGUGUUCUACGACAGCAAGCCUAUGCUGCAUCUCACCGGCGCGCCGGCUCCGGCCAUCCCCAAAAGGCAUAAGAGCAAGCUCUGGGUAAUUCCCAUUGUCAUAAUUCCUGUGGUGGCAUUUUUCUGCUUCAUUGUUUACUGCGGCUGGCGGAGGGGGCACAGAAAAGGUAUAAUGGGAUUACAAGCAAGGAGAACUGAUAACUUGCAGGGAGAGGAAGAAUUAGUUUGGGACCUAGAAGGAAAAAAUCCAGAGUUUUCAGUAUUUGAGUUUGAUCAGGUACUGGAGGCUACAAGUAAUUUUUCUGAAGUAAACAAGCUUGGAGAAGGUGGCUUUGGCGCCGUGUACAAGGGCCAUUUUCCUGAUGGAAUAGAGAUAGCAGUCAAGAGACUUGCUUCACAUUCAGGACAAGGUUUCAUAGAGUUCAAAAAUGAAGUCCAGCUCAUAGCCAAACUACAGCACAGGAAUUUGGUUAGGCUCUUGGGGUGUUGCUCUCAUGAAGAGGAGAAAAUUUUGGUCUAUGAAUUCUUGCCAAACAAAAGCUUGGACUUAUUUAUCUUUGAUGAAAAUAAAAGAGCUUUGCUGGAUUGGUACAAACGUCUAGAAAUAAUUGAAGGAAUAGCACAUGGACUUCUUUACCUACAUAAGCACUCCCGAUUGAGUGUCAUACAUCGAGAUCUUAAACCGAGUAACAUUCUCUUGGAUAGCGAAAUGAACCCUAAAAUUUCAGACUUUGGGUUAGCAAGAAUAUUUAGCUCAAAUAACACAGAAGGAAACACAACAAGAAGAGUGGUUGGUACAUACGGCUACAUGGCUCCGGAGUAUGCUUCUGUGGGCCUCUUCUCUAUCAAAUCCGACGUAUUCAGCUUUGGUGUUCUAUUUCUUGAGAUUAUCAGUGGAAAAAAGAAUUCUGGUUCCCAUCAUAGUGGAGACUUUAUCAAUCUCCUUGGAUUUGCAUGGUCACUAUGGGGAGAGGGAAGAUGGCUUGAACUCAUCGAUGAAUCAUUAGUUUCCAAAUAUCCUCCUGCAGAAAAUGAAAUCAUGAGGUGCAUUAACAUAGCAUUGCUGUGUGUACAAGAGAAUGCAGCUGAUCGACCAACCAUGUCAGAUGUUGUUGCAAUGCUAAGCAGCAAGACGAUGGUCCUGGCUGAACCUAAGCACCCGGGAUAUUUCAAUGUGAGAGUGGCAAAUGAAGAGCAAUCUGUUCUUACUGAGCCAUGUAGUGUUAAUGAUAUGACCAUAUCUGCCAUAAGUGCUAGAUAGUUUAUUCUUCAUGUGUCAUGUGGCUUUCGUUGAUCCAAUGUACGUAGUAUUUGAAGAUAUCAUAACAGAAUUAUAAUGCUGUGGUAUUUCAGGUGUCGGAGUAUGUACUCCCCAAAGAGUGAUCCUAGAUUUUUGUAUACAAACAAAUGGCUUUUGUAUUUAUUUGGUGGGUAGCAAAUCAAUACCAUAACUAUCGUUGGUGCCAAUUUUGAAAACAAA